UGUAUCUCGCCUUGUUUGUUUGCAAGGAACCGAAAAAAUGCCGAAGGUAGUGUCGCGCUCGGUAGUUUGCUCGGAUACACGGGACCGUGAGGAGUAUGAUGACGGUGAAAAGCCUUUACAUGUGUACUACUGUCUUUGUGGGCAGAUGGUACUGGUUUUGGAUUGUCAGCUGGAGAAACUGCCCAUGAGGCCACGGGAUAAAGCAAGAGUCAUCGAUGUAGCAAAACAUGCUCACAAGUUCUGUAACACAGAGGAGGAGGAAGCCGUUUAUCUGCGCAGGCCAGAUGGCAUUGAGAGGCAGUACAGAAAAAAGUGCAGCAAAUGCAGCCUCCUUCUCUUCUACCAGCAUCACCAGAAGAAUCCUCCUGCUACGUUCAUCGUUAAUGGGGCUUUGGUGAAGUUCGGACAAGGAUUUGGCAAAACAAAUAUCUACACCCAAAAACCCGACCCACCCAAAAAGGUGAUGAUGACAAAACGUACAAAGGACAUGGGAAAAUUCAGCUCCGUUACAGUGUCCACUAUUGAUGAAGAAGAGGAGGAGAUAGAAGCGAGGGAGGUAGCAGACUCUUAUGCCCAGAAUGCCAAAGUGAUCGAGAAACAACUUGAAAGAAAAGGAAUGAGCAAAAGGAGGCUGCAGGAACUGGCUGAGCUGGAAGCGAAGAAAGCCAAGAUGAAAGGAACGCUGAUUGACAACCAGUUUAAAUAAAUGAGGCUUGUGCUAUGAAACUGACAGUGUUUUAGGACAACUUGCCAGGCAUAAUGUUACAUCUCCAAACCAGAUGAUAUAUACGUGUGGCAGAAGAGUAUGGUCUAAAAAAUUGCAGCAUAAAGUGUGGAGGGUGAUCUUCUCCUUUAUUGUGGUCGAUAACACACUUAAGUGAAUGCCAUGUUUACCAAAUGAAUUACACAAAUCAGCAAACAGAUUGCAGUAAAACACACAUUCUACUGUGCCACAUGAGGAGCAGGACUUCCCACAACCUUUUGUGCUUACAUCUUCUUGGACUUUUCCUGUCUGGCACAUUACAGGAGAGACUGUAUAAUAAUACUGGACUUGCUCAUCCUUAUAUCUUGCACAGACAUCUUUCCAUCUCCUGUCAAGAUGUAAAAAAAAUGCAUUUAAGUAAACAGAAAUUGUAAAGAAAAAAGAUUAUCGGUUCGUCACAUCAGUGAUAAAAUUAUGCAGAAACAGAAAACCCUUCUCUUUCUGCGGAUUCAGCAAGUUUAUUUCUUUUGAGGCUAUUGAGUUUAUUUCUGCCUUUUAUAAAAAUUCUUUUUGUCAGAAAUUGGAAUGGUUUAGACAAAAGGUCUCCGUUUUAUUCUUGUUUCACGUAACUGGAAUCAUUUUAAAAGGAACCUAUUAUAUUUAUACUUUUUAACCCCAUUAAAGUAAAUCUGUUAUUUUCCAAGA